CGCGUCUUCGCUCCUCUUGCAAAAUUGUUUUUGUUUUUCAUCUUCAAAACAUUGUAUGAAUUGAGAAAAUCUUUACGAUAGCUAAACUAUGACGGUGUUUAAUUUAAUGAAUUUUCCAAAUGUUUGCCGACUUUGUAUGAAAACGGAAUGCAGUUCAUUAUAUCCAAUCAAUGGCAGCUUCGAACAGAUCACAAUGCGGGUUGAAACUUUUCUGGAUGAAGUUACGUUUCGUAUCGCUGAGGACAAGAUGAUUUACCUUCCUAAGUUUGUGUGUGAUGUUUGUUUGGAUCAGCUUACGGAAUUCGCAGUAUACCGGAAAAGGUUGAUUCUUAUCCAUCGUUUUAUGGAAGCGCUAGUUGAUCUCAAGCAUUCAAAGACUGAGCCAUUAGAAGUUCUAUUCCGAGAUAGUAAAGAUGAGCUCAACACUCUCUUCAAUGAGCUUUCGUUGUGUAACAAGGUGGAGCCAAGCGUCGAAGAUAUUCUGCAGGAAUUUGAAUCGUACAAUUUUGCUAAAUUGGAAAUAUUUAUUAAAGAAGAGAUAAAAUGUAAGAGCUUGCAGGAAGAAACUAUAGAGGAAUACUUUGAUUAUCAAUGUCCCGAAGGAAGUGAUUUGGAAACUAAACCUGAAGUAUAUUCAAGUGAAGAGGCUAAUUAUAAUCCUGAUUUCAAGGAAUCAUCCAGUGAAGAUGAUAGACCACUCAAAAAGAGAAAAAAUCCCAAAGCGAAAUCAACCAAGAUAAAAAGCCCAGACAGUCGACCUCGUGGACGUCCGAAAAUUUAUUCGGAUGGCAUUUAUCUACCAGAACCGUGGUCAUGCGACAAGUGUGAUUUUAAAACCAAAUAUCGAUUGACAAUUGAUCGCCAUAAGGCUGUUCACGAAAAGCGUGAAAAUCGAAUCUACUCGUGCCCUGAUUGCAAGUUGGUGUGCAAGACAAAAGAGGAAUUGCGCUCGCACCACAGCUCGAUGCACCCUCAGUCGCUGGCAACGAAACGGGCGAUGUGUGAGGUAUGUGGAUUAUCGCUCAAAAAUUCCUAUUCAUUGAAGGUGCACAUGGAACGACAUGGCGAAACGGCAAAGUAUGCUUGCGAGUACUGCGACUACACCUCUCUCACGCGUUUGGCUUUCAAGUCGCAUUUGCUGUUCCACAAGAGCGAUAAUUUGAAGAAGAAAUGCGAAGUAUGUGGCUUGUCUUUUCGGACGGCAAGCCGUUUGACACGGCACAUGGAGCAGCAUAGAAAUGAACGGAAGUACUCUUGUCCGCAGUGUUCGGCACGAUUUAACACUAAAAACACACUGAGGAACCACACGACGCGUGUCCAUUUAGCUAUUCGUCAUCCCUGUGAACACUGUGAAAAAACAUUCGACCAAAAAAUUGCUCUGCGGGAUCACACCGAACGAGUUCAUCAUAUUCAGAGCACUUUCAUUUGUGACAUCUGCGUGGCAACAUUUGACAGCCAGGGAAAGUUGAACAUUCACCAAAUGCGGCAUGGAAAUCCAAAGCCCUUGGAAUGCUCAGUGUGCCUCUCGAUAUAUACCACCCAGGAUACCUUCGACGACCACCUGUGCAUCACCUAUCGAGAAGACUACAUGUGCUGCAAUAAGGACUUGCGAAAUCACGCGCAGUACAAUCGGCACAUGUUAAUUAAGCAUGGCAUCAAGACAAAUAUGCGGGUCAAACCCAUUCCUGGGGUCUUAUUGGGGCAGCUGAGGGGAGCACGAAAGAGGCUUGAGCAGUGUCGGAAGUGUGAUAUUGCUUUUCCUUCCAGAGCGCUAAAGUUGCAACAUUUGAUCGAAUGUAAUCGACAGCCUGAAUUGAAGACUGGAAAUUCGGAUGUGAAGAUAGCUUAUUAGACAUAGACAAUAUGAGUCAUCUAUAAUAAAAAAAAACUUAGAGGAAAAUCAAUGGAAGCAUGUCAAUAAUUGAUCCGAAGUUUUCAGCAAUAUAUGACGAAUGAUUGAAACUGUUUUUCUUUCUCUUUCGUCUCUAAUUUUGAAAAGAGUUACCUUCUACCUUUUGCUCAUCAGUUUCAAUAGUGUCAUUGCAAAACUACCGAAUAAUAGAAAUCAGUACUCCAUAAAUACAUCUAUACGCCUGAACAUAGGAAUUUUAAUGAAUGCUCCACAAUUAGCUCAUAUCCUGAUCAUAUCUGCUUCGUUAUUUCUAGAACAACCAU